ACCUGCCUGAAGUCUCUCUCAGUGACUGUGGAACACAGGAGGAAGUAUUUUACCCGACUGGGCUGGACUCGAAACUUGCCAGCGAUUCUCACACGGGGCAAGAACAGCUUUGAUUUAAACCGAAUCAAUCUUUCUCUCGGAGGAAAAUAAAAGAUAUCUGGAAUAAUGCCCCAACUUAAGACAAUAUUAUUCUGGCUGUUGCUGUUGCUAGUUUGUCAUUGUGCUCAAGCUGAAGUUGGUCAGCUACACAGAUCAAAUCCUUCUCUUCUGGCAGAAGAUCCUUCUUUAACAAAAGACAGUCACAAUCAAACUCAUCACAAUAGACUGAAAAGAAAUGUUCUUCAACAACAGGAAUACCAGCUGGACAUUGAACUAAACAUAACAGAAACUUUAAGUGAUGAUAAGCUGAAAUUCUACCUGAAAAAUAACUCGUAUCCCACAUCAGUCCAUUUUGAAAAUGGAACAUUAAAUAUUACUAACAUCACGAUCACAACAGUUUGUCAGAAUGUGAACAAUGAAACUCAGUGCAUGUGCGAAGGUGGAUUUAUUUGGAACUCGAUAUUUUGUAGUAAAUACCAGUCUUGCAGUGGGAAUAUCACAGAUGGCCAGACCUGUGAAUGCAUCAGGAGUGAACCAACAGAAGGGAUUUUCUGUAUGCCCAUGUCUGUAAUGGUAACCCCCACGCAAAGUACCACGUCCACAACUACACUAAGAAGUACAACUCCCACGACAACGUCAACAACAACCAGAAGAAGGACACCCACAACAAUGUCAAGGACAUCCACAACAACAGCACCCACAACCACGACCACAACAACAACAACGACUUUGCAAGCUAAUUUAGUACGACAGAAAUUUGCAUUCAGAGUUCUCGGACUAAAUUUUACAAAGGAACUAAGUGAUCCUUCUUCACCCAUGUUUAAAAACCUCUCAAAACAAUUUAAGACAGCGCUGGAAAACAGUUUCCAAAGUGUGCGUCCAGAUGCUACGGUGAAUGUUGUAGGUUUCACAAAUGGGAGUUUAAUUGUACUGCAGGAAGUAACCUCUACUAGAGCUUUAACUCCUGAUGAACUCACCACCAGUUCUGAAGAAUUGCAAAAGAACCUUCCUGCAAACUAUAGAAUUGAGUAUUUACCUUCUGAUAAAAUACCAUGCCAUGAUGCAGUGUUUGGCACAGCAAAUUAUAAUACCAUCGCAGAAAUCCCAUGUGAAAACAUGCCAGGUUUCAAGAAAAGAAGAUGUGGAAGGAAUGGAGAAUAUGAAGAAGAAUUAGAUUUCUGUAUAUCAGAAGAAAUCAAUAAUAUUCUUCAGGCAGUAAACACAACUAAUUUGGAAGACAAUUUUUCUAAUCUUCUUGAACAAUUAUCCAAUGUCACAGAUGAGGUCACCGUAAACACACCUGGCAAUGUACAAGCUGUGGUUGAAAUUAUGACACAAAUUUCAAAUGUAAAUAGCAAUGUUACUGAAACAGAUAUGAGGAACUUCUUAGAAACUGUAAGUUCAGUUAUAUCUGCUGCAUCAGUAAAUACAUGGAGAAUUCUCUCUAAUACAAGCCAAAGUAAUAUCAAUCCCAGUUCUCAAUUAUUGCAAUCAGUGGAAAAUUUUAAUACUCGCCUCAAGUUGCAGAAUGACACAUUGAAUAUUAAAGAAAAUAACCUUGAACUCAAUGCGAGAAGAGUUCUUCAGCAGAAUAAUAACUCUUCUUAUAAUGUAACAUAUGCGAACUUUUCCGCUGUGGAAUAUUCCAAUUUAAGUGCUAAUAUAUUCAUUUUGUCUAGAGAAUUUGAAGAUGAACUAAAUGCCACAGUAAUCAGUAUUGCAUAUCCAACAUGGAUUGACAUUUUGCCUAAUACUUCGACUUUUGGUAAAGACUUUUUGAUUAAUGGUCUCGUCGUGACAGUAACACUAAAUGGUCAGAAACCUAUUAAUGUCAACAUGAACUUCUCACCAAGAAAUCGCACACUAGAUUUCAACAGUGCCAGAUGUGCAUUUUGGGAUUUUAGUGGCAACAGAUGGAAUGACACUGGCUGUGAAUCUGAAAUAGGGGAAGAAGAUAUCAUAUGUCACUGUGAACAUUUGACGUCCUUUUCUAUUUUAAUGUCUCCUGUUACCAAUGACAGCCCAGUUUUGAGUUAUAUCACCAGGAUCGGAGUUGCUGUCUCAAUUGGAAGUUUGCUAAUUGCCAUUAUUAUUGAGGCCAUAGUGUGGAAGCAAGUGACCAAAAAUAAAACCUCAUAUACUCGCCAUGUUGGAAUUGUGAAUAUUGCAGUAAAUCUGCUGGUCGCUGAUAUAUGGUUCAUUGUGGCUUCAGCUGUAGAACCAGAAACACAGGCUUGCACAGCUGCUACUUUCUUCAUUCAUUUUUUCUAUCUUGCCUUAUUCUUCUGGAUGUUAACCCUGGGCCUGCUGCUUGUCUAUCGUUUACUUUUCCCUUUCCAUCAUCUCAGUAAAUCAGUUAUGACGGGAAUAUCAUUUGCCAUUGGUUACCUGCCUCCAUUGCUAAUCUCAAUUAUCACAAUCGGGGUUACCUAUCCAAGAAACAGUUACACCAGAGAAGGUGCCUGCUGGCUCGGCUGGGAGACCGAAUACCCUCUGCUUGCAUUUGUUAUACCUGCGUUGGUUAUAAUCACAAUCAACAUCAUCAUUCUGAUUAUAGUCAUUUUUAAGCUGCUGCGACCAACAAUUGGAGACAGAUCCAGAGCGAAUAAUCAGGACAGAGAAGCAUUCAAACAGAUUGUGAGAAGCAUUGCAGUGCUGACCCCAAUCCUUGGACUCACAUGGGCAUUUGGAAUACCAACCUUUCAACGGGAUUCCCAUAUUGCUUUCCAUUAUAUAUUUACAAUUCUCAAUGCUUUUCAGGGAUUCUUCAUUUUGGUCUUUGGAACAUUCAUGGAUAAUAAGGUACAAGAAGCCUUGCUGAAGAAGUUUUCAUUGAGAGGAUUUUCUUCAAGAUCAAAGACUACUCAGAACGUUUCUACUGCAAAGCCUUCCUCAAAAUCUCAACCUUGGUUUCAUGCUAAAAGGAAAAGCUACAAUUUAAGUCAACAAGUUCAUUCAAGUGAUAACAACCCAUCUCUUAGCUAUUCAAGUCUGAGUUAACUGCUGGAACUCAACACAUAAAAUUGAACAUCUUUGGAUGCAGAAGAAAAAGUUAAAAUGCAUUUACACCCUGAGAAAGCUUUUUAGAAAUAAUUCAAGAAAAUAUUGCUUUUCUUACACAUGUAUGAAACUAAACUGGAUAAAACUACGUGCCAUUGGACAUGAGCAAUGAUUAGUUUAAUUAGGGUCAGAAAUAUCUUCUUUGUGUCUUGGGGAAAUAGUUCAUGUCAAUCAAAAAUAAACGUAAGAAUAUGUGAUGUAAACUGAUGAUUGAGUGCAGUGCCAUUAAGCUCAUUAUAAGAUUUAUUAAUAUUAAUGCAAUUAUUCAUCACCAUAGAUGCUUCUUUUCUAAUAAUCAAUCUAAUUUUGUAGACCACAUUGUGAGUAUCUUCAGAAAAGUGUUUUCCUUUCUUGUUUAAUCUUUGAAGUGUACAUCCCUCUUUCUCUCUCUCUCCUCCCCCCUCACAUAUCCUGGUUUAUUCCACCAGGUCCUGCUAUGAGUCUGCUCAAAAUCUCUUAAAUUCUUGGACUUCAAAUGUUUACAAGGAUGUAAGAUUAAUGUAGGGCACUGAAAUUUUACUUGGUUUUCUGUUGAAGGUAUUUAGAAUUUUGGAGAAACUUUCUUCAGGAAACUUAAGUCCUGGUUUGUUCUUCAAUGACUCAGGUUGGCACAGAGCAGAGUCCUUCUAGUAGGAUUGGUGAUAGGAAUGAACUGCAAAGUGCAUGCUGCUGAAGAUUAUGGCAUGGCAGUUCAGUGGUUAGCACUGCUGCCUCACAGCACGAGGGAUCCAAGUUCAGUACCAGCUUUGGGUGACUGUGUGGAGUUUACAUGUUCUCCCUGUAGGUUUC